CUUUCCACCCUCUAAUUUCAACUCACAAAUAAAAUAAUUUAACUUGUAACAAGUAACAAUAGUGAAUAUAUAGUAGCAAUUGCCAAUUGCCUUGCUAGUUAGUUACUACUAUAUUGGUUCUCUUUGAUGGACCAACACAAGAUUACUACUACAUUGUCAAUAUUUAUAACAACCGCAGCACUGUUGCUAACAUGCGCCGUGGCGGUGCAGCACUGUGGGAACUGCGGUCCAAACCCGGUUCCGUAUCCAUUAAGCACAGGACCCGACUGUGGUGACCCGUUGUACAAGAUUCGGUGCACUGCAGGCACAUUGUGGUUAGAUGCACUUGCUGGAUCAUCUUACACGAUUAGAUCCAUAGACUCGGUAAACCGUCGGAUCAUAAUCCAACCGGCUACACUUUUAGGAAAAGUGUGCAUGUCCACGGAUUUCCGCAGUGAAGGCAUACACCUGAACGAGACUCUUAUGUUUAGCGUGGCUGCGGGCAACACCGUGUUUAUGUUGAAUUGUUCCUUUAACGCGCCACACGCGCCGCCGCCGGCUAUGGACUGCUCCGCGAGCAGCUUGUGCCACAGCUAUAUCAGGGAUCAUAAGGAUGCUAGCGCGUGCGGGAGCGUGGGUUUUUGUUGCACGUACAAGAUUGGUGAGGCCCGCAAGGAGUAUGGGGUUGCGGUUGGGGUUCACAGCAAUGGGUGCGCAGCGUAUCAGAGUUUCGUGGAUUUGGAUGGCGCGGUGGCAAUGCCGGGAAAAGGGUGGCCGGAGGCAGGAGUGGCGAUAGAGUGGGUGGCUCCGCUGGAACCGAUUUGCAAGGGGCCAAUGGAUUGCAAUGCAUUGUUGAACUCAAAGUGUGUGGUGAGCCCUAGGGGUGGUGGGGUGCAUAGGUGCUUAUGCAAUGCUGGCUUUAAGUGGGAACCUAGCAAUGGAAUUUGCCAACCUCAAGCUCAAUCUCAACUCCAAAAUAUACGGUGCACAGGACAUGAGAAAGGCAGCCACUGCAAAGUUAGGAAGAAAAAGAAAAAGAAAAUAAUGCUUCUGGCUGUGGCUGUUUCCUUGGGUGGAGUAGUCUCUAUAGCAACAGCAAUUGGAGUCAUUUUCUACAAAAAGCACAACCAAGGGGAGAGUAAAACAAAGAAGACCAUAAUCAAAAAGGCUAAAGAAAUCUCAAAUGCUAAAGCUAGUGCUUUAUCAUCCAGAAUCUUCACGGGCAGAGAGAUUAGAAAAGCAACCAACAAUUUCUCUGAAGAAAAGCUUAUCGGCUCUGGCGGUUUCGGUGAAGUGUUCAAGGGAACUUUUGAAGAUGGUACUGUAAUAGCAAUCAAGCGUGCCAAGCUUGGAAGCACCAAAGGUGUAGAUCAAAUACAGAACGAGGUUCGAAUCCUCUGCCAAGUUAACCACAGAAGCCUAGUGAGACUCCUUGGUUGUUGCUUGGAGUUUGAGCACCCUCUUCUAAUUUAUGAGUAUGUUUCCAAUGGGUCACUUUUUGAUUACCUUCAUCGCCACCCUUCAGCCAAAACAACACCACUCAAAUGGCAUCAAAGACUCAAAAUUGCACACCAAACAGCUGAAGGGCUAUCCUAUCUGCAUUCUGCAGCUGUGCCUCCAAUUUACCAUCGUGAUGUGAAAUCAAGCAAUAUAUUGCUUGAUGCUAAGCUUGAUGCCAAGGUCUCAGACUUUGGAUUAUCUAGGCUUGUGGAAAUUUCUGAGCAAAACAAGAGCCAUAUCUUCACUAGUGCUCAAGGAACACUCGGUUAUCUUGACCCUGAAUACUACAUGAACUUCCAAUUGACAGAUAAGAGUGAUGUAUACAGCUUUGGGGUGGUGUUGAUGGAGCUGCUCACGGCACAGAAAGCCAUUGAUUUCAACAGGGAGGAAGAGAAUGUGAACUUGGCAGUGUAUGCAAGGAAGAUGAUGAUUGAAGAUGGGUUGAUUGAACUUGUUGAUCCUUUUCUUAAAGAGGAAGCUGGGGAAAUUGAAUUGGAAACUAUGAAGUCAUUGGGUUCUCUUGCAGCUGCUUGCUUGAAUGAGCAGAGACAGAAACGGCCUUCCAUGAAAGAAGUUUCAGAUGAGAUUGAGUACCUAAUUAAGAUUUUUAAAGGCCAGGUUUCCAAACGAUGAAUAAAUGUAAUGUAACUUUUCCAUGAGGAAAAAAGGACAAAGGAAACAUUUGUUUCAAGCAUAUCUUUUAUAAUUGGGUAAAAUUUUGACUUUCAUGAUCAAAUAGAGAGUAGAAGACCACUAAAUUAGGAAGUAGGAUCCACAUAUUUUUGUUGAGUGCAUGCAAAAUUUAUCCAAAAUUAAAA